AUGUGCAUUGCACGUGAGAUUUUGAGGGAGAAGAAGAAAAAGGCCAUCUGGGUCCCUUCCGAAACAAUCAAGAAACUCAAAACCAGUUCAAAGAAAACCACCGCCGCCGCCGACGACGGCGGCUGCAAAACGGCAAAGCCCACGAAGCCGGUAGUCGUCCUCGUACACGGCUUCGCCGCCGAGGGAAUAGUGACGUGGCAGUUCCAGGUGGGUUCGCUGGCGAAGAAGUACUCCGUCUACGUGCCGGACCUGCUCUUCUUCGGCGGGUCGAUCACGGAUAACCCGGACAGGUCGCCGGCGUUUCAGGCGGAGUGCCUGGCGAAGGGGCUGAGGAAGCUGGGAGUAGAGAGGUGCACGGUGGUGGGGUUCAGCUACGGCGGAAUGGUGGCGUUCAAGAUGGCGGAGAUGUACCCGGAGAUGGUGGAGGCGAUGGUGGUCUCCGGGUCGAUACUGGCGAUGACGGAUUCAAUAAGCGCCGCCACGCUGGAGGGGCUGGGGUUUUCUUCCUCGUCGGAGCUUCUGCUGCCGGACUCCGUCAAGGGUUGUAAGGCGCUGCUCAAAGUCGCCGCUCAUAAGAAGUUGAAAAAUACAAAAUAUUUUUUUAUUUUUUGUUUUCUUUCUUUUGUUUUAAUUUUUAUUUUUUUUUGUUGUUUUAAAGAAUAAUUUAUAUUUAAUAUUAAAGAUGUAAGUGAAUGGACGAAUAUAGCCUUGCAAA